UGUAAACUUCAAAGUCAUAAAAUGUUUUCAAAGACUGGAAAGUAAUAUUUCUAAAUAAAAUUGAAAAAUAAAUAAAAAAAGAAUAAUGAAAAACACUGACGCCGAACGUUUGAAUCCAUGUUUUAAGGAGCAGGAGCAAUCUUAUCAAUGCUUGAAUAAAAAUGGAUUUGUUCAAGAAAAAUGUGAAGCCUAUUUCGAUAAUUACAACACAUGUAAAAAAUUCUGGGGUAAAGUGUUCAAAGAUAGAAAAGCUAGAGGUUUAACACCUUAUUUACCAGAUAUUGCAGAUAGAGAAAGAAUAAAAGGAGAGUAUAUACAGAAAAUAAAAAACAAUACAGUGUAAAUGCAUAAAUAUAUUACAAAAUAGUUAGUACAGUGUGACAGCUAAUAAUUAUUAUAAAAUGUAUAUACACUAGUUAUAUUAAAAAAAAGUAUUGAAAAUAGAUAUUUGAAACAAAUAUAUGAAAAUGCACAAAAGAUACUGACCAACUUUAAGUUUCAAAAAUUGCCUAAACAUUAAUGAAAAUUUACUUCAUUAUCAAUGCACCCAAUGACAAGACAGGUAGAACACAGUGCCUAGUGGAACAUCACUGGCUAUAAUGCAAUAUAAUUCUAAAUCAUUGAAUACUGUAUUCAUUAUUAAUUCAUAUUCACAGCUAGUUAGAUUGUGGGAUUAUUUUUUGGCAUGAAUAUAUGCAUAAUUUACGGUUGUAACAAAGACUAAUAACAAGCAUUGUAUAUUUAUUAAUAUUUUUUUAUUUUCGAUGAAAAUGAACUGUAUGCAGCUAAAAAUUGAAUAUGUUUAAAUAUACUUAAACAUCAAAGAAAAAUAACUGCCAAUACAGAAGUACCAGAAAAGAGUUUAGGUACAAUAAGUUCAUAUAACAUAAGAAACUAUAUUGCUAUGACACAUGUAAAACUUUUUUAAAUAUUAAAGUUGUUUUACAUCAUUAUCCAAACUACAAAUCAAGUCUCAGAAGUUUGGUUUCAUGUCAAACUAAACUACUGAUACAAGAGGAUCCAUUCACAUGCAUUAUAUAAAGCAUUUUAUUUCAAAGACUGCUUUCUGUUAAAAUUGAGCAUUAAGAUGUAUUGUAAAUAAUCAUAUUUUAUUAAGAAAUAAAAAUUCUAAACAAAUUCAAGGUAUUUAUUUAUU